CCAUUUCCUUGUCCUGGUCUUAUAAACCCUCUGAACAUGUGACUGAGUCUUGGGAGGGGAGUUAAGGGACCCAACAUGGUUCUUUAAGAUCAAGCCCAGCUUCACAAAUGUCUAACUAGCAGUUUGUUAGGUCAUCUUCAGAGCAAAGAACUACCAGGAACCUUGAUGACAGCUGUUUGACGAUGGAGUAGGCUGUAGCAGGAGCUAAAGCACCAGAGGAGAAACGGAAAGGAGGAGUCCAGCUGAAAGACGUCAAGGGAAAGCACAGACCAACAACACAAGAAGAUGCAAACGCUGAAAACAAGUUUUUUCUGCUCCCUCCUUUUCUGUUUUAAAUGCUUCACGGAAGCCCGUCAACUGAGAUUUGUCGUUGCUGUCUUUCGGCAUGGAGAUAGAUCACCCAUUGAGUCAUACCCCAAUGAUCCGCAUGGAGAAGAAGUGUGGGCCCAAGGCUUUGGGCAGCUCACUGAGUUGGGGAUGAAACAGCAGUUUGAGCUGGGAAGAUUUCUACGGAGACGUUACAGUAACUUCCUCAGUGAGGAUUAUGACCACAGAGAGUUGUAUGUCCGGAGCACCAGCUAUGACCGCACGCUCAUGAGUGCCCAAGCCUGCCUUGCUGGUAUGUUUCCCCCUGUCAGGCGCCCACCUCCCAUCAUGCCCCAGUUACUGUGGCGGCCAAUUCCAGUGCACACCAUUCCCAGGGUUCAGGACAAGCUGUUAAAGUCACCUGGCAAAAACUGCCCUCGAUUCAAAGCACUGAUGAUUGAAACAUUUGAGAGUUUGCCCUACCAGAAGUUCCAGAAGGCACAUAAGAACUUUGUGGAGGAACUUUCCAACCACACCGGUUACCCUGUAUCAAAGCUGGUUGGUAAAAAAAUAUGGAGGGUCUAUGACACUCUCAGCUGUCAGAGAAUUCAUAAUUUGACUCUUCCUCGCUGGGCCACUCCAGAAGUCUUGGAUACCCUGAGAAGAAUAGCAUCCUUCGAGGUCACAUACAGCAUUUACAGUCACAAGCGGAAGGAGAAAGCCCGGCUCCUGGGAGGGAUCCUACUAAAUGCCAUCCUGAGGAAUUUCUCUGAUGCUGUAGAGAAAGGGAGCAAGCUCAAAUUCAUCAUGUAUUCAGCUCAUGAUUCUACACUCAUCACCCUCCAGGCAGCUUUGGACAUAUACAACGGCCUUCUUCCUCCCUACGCUGCCUGUCAGCUCUUUGAGUUCUACCAGGAGUAUGAUGGAUCCUAUUCACUGGAAAUGUAUUACCGCAAUGAAACUUGGCGUGACCCCCACCCCAAUUCUGUGCCAGGAUGCAAUGGGUUGCACCCCUGCCCAUUGUCAAUGUUCACUGAGCUGGUACGGGAUGUGUUAGGAGAAGAUAUGGAGGUUGAGUGUGGCUUGAGAACUAAAUGGUCGAGCACAGGGGUCAUUACAGCUCUUGCAGUGGCAGUUGGUGUCCUGGCAGUGGCGCUGUUGUUCAGUACAGGUGUGGCAAUCCGUAGACGGAGAGGACGCUACUCCAGGGAGGUGUGAGAAAAGGACGGCCACAAAUCUCAUCACAGUGCCAAGGUUCUUUAACCACAGUGAAGAGCUCUGACAAUUUGUCCUUUCUUUUCUGAAUGUGAUUGAACCUAUAAGGGCUUUUUUUCCACUAAAUUUUGUGUGUCUGUGUAUGCAAUGACAAAAAAGAGGGAUGAUCAAUUAAAAUGCAAGUUUAGCAUCUGUCAAUAAAUUUUAUUUGAUUCACUCA